UUUGUCAGCUGCAGUGUGUGUGUGUCUGUGUGUAUGUGUUAGUGUGGACGACGAACGGCGUGCGCGUGUGAAUUUAUUUAUUGGAAACCUUCUGAACUUAAUUAUUUUGCACUAAAUAAUAUUUAAGGCAGCUUUUGCUAAAACCACAGGAAAACAGCCCUCUCCAGACUGUCACCAUGGUCGCUACAAGCACACUGAAGUGCAAAAGCAGCGAAUGUAUAUCAGAAUUGGUUGACCGAAGAUAUGACCAGGCUUGCAUUGAGAAAGAACUGGAUUUCUGGGAUCACUGCUUGGCUGAACCCCAGAGGAAUGCAGAUGUCACUGAAGACAGAACAUGUCAACAGCUGGCCAAGAUGUUUGAAAACUGCCUGUCACGAGCAAAGAAGACAACGCUGCACUGCUCCUCUGUGCUGGUACCAGAGAAGCUCACGCGGAGAAUAGCUCGUGAAGUCCUGCGGCUGGCGUCUUGCGAGCCCUGCGGCCUUCGAGGCUGCGUCCUCUACGUCCACCUGGAGCUGGAAAAGGGCUGCAAGCGGCUGGAGCGCAUCGUGUACGAUGCUACCGUGGUGCCCACAUUUGAGCUGACGCUUGUGUUCAAGCAGGACGGCGCUGCCUGGCCCAGUCUACGGGACUUUCUUUUUAUGGGAACCUGCUUUGCCCCAACUUUUAGGCACGUACUUAAACUGAGUCCAGGUUUCCGGCUCGUGAAGAAAAAACUGUACUCCUCCUCGGCUGGUACUGUGGUAGAGGAGUGCUGAAUAAUGGGAGGGGUUAGAGCGGGAUAUCGGGUUUCCUUUGGGUUUAGCACUUCUGCCCAAAUGUAUGUAAACGACACUCACGUGGUGUCAUAUUUUCUACAAUGUUUUUGUACAAUACUGUUAAUCAGUUCAACUAUUAGCAGCCAGUUGGUUCAGUUUAGAACUUGGGAUGUAAAGUUAAAAGCUUAUGUAUAAAUGAUCCUGAUAGUUCUGGGUUUGGCUUCAGUGUUUCUAAGUGCAUUUUUUAUCAGCAAAAUUGUAAGAUUCUGGAUGGGUUUCUAAUCCGAGCAUUUGUUGCUCAAACACAUUUUUCGAUUGUACAUUUUUGCCGAUGAAUGUAAAACCAUGUUCACAUCAACAUGUUUCAGAGGGACAUACUGUGGGUACACUUUUGUUAAAGACACUAGCCACUUUGUUGAUGCAUCUGUGUGUUUCCAGAUACAUUGAAUGUGUUCAGCAGCAGUAAACACACCUCAGCUUGAAUAGGAGUUAGUCUUUGGGGGCCAUAUGUAGCUUGUUGUGCAAUGCUGUGUUUUAGGGCUGCGGAUGUUUUUUGUUUUUUUUUUUUUUAAGACUGAAUGUCUUGUGAAGAUGCUGCUGUCAUGGUGUGGGCUUCUCACACUAGGGGAUUGUAGAUGCCUUAAAUGUUGUAGUUUUUUUUUCACUCAGAUCACAGCUAUGUGUGUGUUUAGUGUAAAUGUUUUAUUGCAUUUUUUAUUUUUAUACCCUCUCCCAGACACCUUUUUCAAUGCAGAGCCUUUAUAGAUUAUUAAAAAGAUGGUUCGCCCAAAUGUAAAAGCGUUUUUGUUUUUAUGUAAUUUGUUAACUUCUAGACGUGCAAAGAAAUUACCGGUGGUCCAGCACAUGUGAUUUUGGUGAAUUCCCUACAAUUUUUUUUAAAUUUUAUUUUUAAAUGCCAUUAGAACUUCCUGUUGAAGGAAACAAGGUCUUGUCUGCUAGACAAUAAAAAAUUGAAACCUUA